AUGAAGUGGAGCUCUGGCGGAUACGUGUCGAAAUACUUCUACGACGGCUUCAUGGACCUGUGGAACGCCGGUAUGAGAGACGAUUUUAUAGCUCUCAGAGCAAAGUAUCCUAGGUACAAUGUUUGGGUGACGGGGCACUCUCUUGGAGCUGCACUGGCCUCACUGGCCGCCUCCUUCAUCAUUGCUAACGAUCGAGUUCCAUCCGGUCGCGUAAAAUUGGUCACAUUUGGACAACCUCGAGUUGGUGACCAUCGCUACGCAUGGGUUCAUGACGAACAGAUGGCAUACAGCUUCCGCGUAACGCACUGGAGAGACGUGGUGCCGCAUAUUCCGCCCGAAAACUUCUUGGACUACUAUCAUCACGCCUCAGAGGCUCGUUUGGCACUCAGUUCCAGGGGUUUCCGCGGCUGGCUAAGGAAAGACCGGCUAACCCCAGUAUUUGGAUCAUAU